GUGUGGUUGUGGGAGAGGACGACUGGACAGCUGACCCCGAGAGGAAGAAGCCGGUGAAGGGCGGCAGCCGCCUGUUCAUCGGCGCCGCCAUCGAUGGGAAGUCGGAGUACUUCCCUACGCUGUCCAGCAGGAAGCUGGUGGCGGACGAGGAGAGCGUCAACAUGUUCUCGCUGGUCUACCAGGACGAGUUUGUGUCGUCGCAGAUUAAGAUCCCGUCAGACACGCUGUCCCUCUACCCGGCCUUCGACAUCUACUACGUCUACGGCUUCUCCAGCCGCACGUACGUCUACUUCCUGACGCUGCAGCUGGACACGCAGCUGACGCAGAUGGACGCUGGCGGAGAGAAGUUCUUCACCUCUAAGAUCGUCCGAAUGUGUUCUAACGACACUGAGUUCUACUCAUAUGUGGAGUUUCCUCUGGGCUGCACCAAGGACGGCGUCGAGUACCGACUGGUCCAGGCCGCUUACAAGCAGAAACCGGGGCGGCGGCUCGCCCAGGCACUCGGCCUGUCGGAGGACGACGACGUCCUGUUUGUUGUCUUUUCUCAGGGUCAGAAGAAUCGCUCCAACCCGCCCAGAGAGACCGUCCUCUGCCUGUUCACCCUCCAUAACAUCAACCUGGCCAUGAGGGAGAGGAUCCGCUCCUGUUACCGCGGAGAGGGACGCCUCUCGUUACCAUGGUUACUCAACAAGGAGCUGCCCUGCAUCCACACG